AUGGAAGUAGCUCAGUUUUCCAAGAAUCAUAACCCUUCAGUUAUGAUAGACUCCAGGCGGUUUACAAUUCACAGUCAGCCGCAGAAUGCAUUUACAGUCAUGCAUGACCUGCGCGUCAGACACAUGCUCUGUGAUGUUGUCAUCACUGUGGAGGAGAAAGAUUUUGAUGCACAUAAGGUUGUGUUGUGUGGAUGUAGUCCUUACUUACUGGCUAUGUUUACAAAUGGAAUGCAAGAGUCGGAACAAGAGCAUGUACAGAUUCGGGGCCUAGAAGCUUGGGCAAUGGAGCUUUUGUUGGAGUUCAUGUAUACCAGCGAGAUAGAGAUAACUGUUGACAAUGUCCAGGGUAUUCUACAAGGUGCUAGUUUACUGGGUCUGCAUCAGUUACGCAAGUCAUGUGCCACGUUCCUUCAGUCCCAGCUCACAGCAUCCAACUGUCUAGGAAUCAAUUUUUUGGCAGAUUUAUACAUGUGUACUGAUCUAGAAGCUCUGUCUAGACAGUAUAUAUAUCAAAAUUUCUUGGAAGUGAUGCAUUAUGAGGAGUUCUUUCAAUUGUCUGAGGAGAGGUUACUAGCAUUAUUAAAAAGUGACAAGUUACAAGUGACUAAUGAGCACCAGGUGUUGGAAGCAGUGUGUGCCUGGCUGCAGUGUGACGAGUCCAACAGAACACCAGUAGCAUGCAACCUUCUUCAGUAUGUAAAACUGCCUCUUCUAGGCCUCAACUAUUUAGAAAAUGUUGUACUGAAAUUUGAAUUUGUGAAAAAUUGUCCGAAGUGUCAGUUGCUCAUCAGUAAGGCUAUAAACAUGCAUCAUGAUGAAACGGCCUUGACCUUAGUGACCCCACGGGCUCAGCCUCCAUGUAUAUAUGUAAUGGGAGGUCGUAACAGCACAGAUUGUCAGCUGAAGAGCAUGGAAAAGUAUGACUUUCUUAUUGAUCAGUGGAAUACAGUGACAAACAUGAACAUUGCACGGACAGCUGUAGGUGCAGUCAGCGUGGAUGGUGUGUUGUAUGCGGUGGGUGGGGAAUGUGCUCUUGCGGAUACACAGGAGGACACCCUCUACUUACGCUGUAUGGAGUGUUAUGACCCGGUGCUUCGACAGUGGAUACCAAAACCUGAAAUGAAGAUUGCACGCUCAUUUGUAGCAUGUGUAGCUGUUGGGAGGAUGUUAUAUGCUAUAGGAGGAGAAGAUGGAUCAUGUAGCUACUGUAUUGUGGAAAAGUAUGACCAAAGACAAGAAGUAUGGAGCUUUGCUUCCAGUAUGAAGAGGAAAAGAGCUGGUGCUGGGACCUGUGUCUGUGAUGGAAAGAUAUAUGUUGCAGGUGGCUAUGACAAGAUCUUACACCUCGACCGAGCAAGUGUUGAGUGCUUCGAUCCUGCCACUGAGGAGUGGACAUUUGUGUCGGAGAUGGAGAAGGCCCGAUCAGGGCUGGCUCUAGUCAGUGUAGAACACUUUAUAUAUGCCUUUGGUGGACGUUACAAACACACUGACCAGUACACAGAUAUGGUGGAAAGAUUUAACACACUGACAAAUCAAUGGACAACAAUAUCGUCAAUGAAUACACCGAGAGCAUGGCCAGGAAUCGCAGCAUUUGAUGGUAAAAUUUACCUAAUGGGGGGCUUCGAUGGCACAAGUCGAUUACGAAGCGCUGAAGUCUAUGAUAUUGAAUCUGAUCGCUGGGCUUUCCUCAGUAACAUGAUCGUGAGCCGGGCAGGCUGUGGAGCAGCAGUUGUAUAG